AUGGAUUGGUGGAGGAGUUAAUGAAUGAUCUGGAAGACAUGAUUAAUAAUCAGGGUGUGCAAGUGAACGAAAGAAUGAAAGAAAAAGCGCAAGAAAGAGAAAACCCCACCCCUUGACACUGAGUAGUAAUCAGCGUUCCUCGAGUGGAGCAGAGCGCCUCUUAUGUAAGAGCUGCGAGAAGUGAAAGCUGCCCGCGCGCGCGCGCACACUCACACACUCGCACUCGCUCACACACUCGCGUGCCCAGGGCUGAGGCGCUUCUACCCGAGAGCCCGCGCUUUGGAUACGUGAUGCGUGUUAUUGUGCACGUAUGGACGCCGUGAGAUCGACGCGGGAGCGGUAUGGUCUGUCGCUCGGAUCGGAUCCCGGACUUUGACAUGAUGAGAAAAUGCGAAGGGGAAUUGCAUGGCCCUGGUAGACAUCGCGCCGAUGAGCUUCUUUCUGAUCCUCUUCCUCAUUGUGGUCUCGAGAUUUGGAAGUAAACCUAAAAAGCAUAAAUCAAAGAAAACCCUGAGGUGUAUCUGUGUCAUUUGGGGCGUUGGACGUAAUCUGGAGUACCAUACAUACCUCGAGGGUUGGAGUUCUUUCUUAAUUCUGAGCUGUCUGAGUAUAUUCCCAACUCGUGUUGAUGCUCACAGUGAACAGAUUCUGCUCGAACUGCAGGACGUGCUUAAAUCAUUGACUCCCAAAUUUAAUCUAUCAAAAGCAUUAUUGUAUGCACCUGACUUAAACACAUCAUUCUGCACUAAAAAGCGUAUGUACUGCUACCUGCUGGAGCUGAACGUUGUACUUCAUGAGGAAAAUGUCAACGACACGAAUAUGGUUGAUUACCUUUUACAGAACGAUUACAGCAAUUCCACUAACUGCAUGUGUGUCACAUGUGAGACUUUUACACCCGUCGACGCCCCGACGUUCCUUAAAAAGAUGGAGGAAUUUAUACAGGGGCUUCAGUCUUCAGAAUUGAAACAAAAUGACGAUCUCUGUAAUUAGCACACUAAAUGUACACUAUAGCCAUGAUGUAAGUAAGCUGUUUUUGUUGUUUGUUUUUAUGCAUGUAGUCAAACAGACUGAAACCGUAUUAAUGUAACUAACUUUACUGCUAUUUUAAUAUUUAUUACUAACACAGAGACCUACGUUAUACAAAGUUGUACUCAUGCUAAGGUCAGUCAGUCAGUCAUCUUCUAUACCGCUUUAUCCUGUAUUAAGGGUCGUGGGGACCUGGAGCCUAUCCUAGGAGGCAUAGGGCACGAGGCAGGGUACACCCUGGACACGGUGCCAAUCCAUUGCAGGGCACACACUCAUACCCAUUCACACACAAUGGACAAUUUGGGAACACCAAUUAGCCCAACCUGCAUAUCUUUGGACUGUGGGAGGAAACCGGAGUACCCGAAGGGAACCCACCAAGCACGGGGAGAACAUGCAAACUCCAUGCAUAUAAUCGAGCCUGGAAUCAAGCCUGGUCGGUAAUCGAACCCGGACCCUGAAGGUGCAAGACGACAGUGCUAACCACCACACCACCGUGCCGCCCCAUGCUUAGGUCAAAUGCUAAUUUGAUCUACUUUCUUUGUUUUUUUUGUUUUUUUAAUAUAUAUAAAUAUAUAUAUAUAUAUAUAUAUAUAUAUGUAUAAAUGAUUCUACAUCUAUUUUUAUACUACUCAGGUUUCUUUUUCGUUUGUUCAGUUUGAUGUAGCACCUUUAACUGGCUGUGAUUCAGUAGUUGGAUUCCUAAACAUGUGAUAAGAUUUAACAUUGUUGCCACAGCAAAUUCCUUUUCAAGAGUGUUUAUUUCGGCCAUAGCUAGGCUUAAUCUGUUUUUUAGGACAAUACUUCAACUUUUUUGUUGUCUUGUCUUUAUAAUUCAUGGUGUAAGAUUUUUAAAAACUGUGAUGGAUGCCAUGUUUUGCCUAUUAAUUACACCUACUUGCUAUAAAGUAGGGUGACGAGUUUGUAAAAGCCAAAAAUGUAAAGAAAAAACGAGUCAUCCUGGGCAGGUUUAUAGGGAAAGCAAUCUAAGUUUUUCCAUAUUACUUCCACUCCACCCCAAUCAAGUGUUUCAUUGCAGUGAGAUGCUUUCCAUUCCAGUUAAGAAUUCUGAUGGUUGAUGGAAAAAAGUACGAGCGGGUCACGGAACAAUCACAUCAGCGUUACAGUCGCUGUCCAGCUUUGUGGUGGUAAAGCAAGAGAGCAGAAGUUUCCAGACGAUGUUUCCAACUACAACAUGUUCUUCUAUUCACGAGUUGUGAAGGGACUGACUGAAGCGAGAUUCCUUCAUGAUAAGGAGAUCUACAAUUUGGAAAAACAUUAGGUUCGAGAUCAUAUCGCUGCUGAGAGCUGGAGGCUGCGUCCCUGGGCGGAGGAUUACUCAACAUGCUUCCGUGAUGUGAGUUUGGGUCCUACACACAAACCUGACCUAACAUCGAUUAAAAAGACUAAGUGUAAUCCGUAGCAGGAUAUCGAAUACUACAUCAAAUGACAAAUGGUCUUUACUAUUUCUUUCUGUCUCCAUAAAAGUUUAGACCUAAAUAGUGUCUAGGAAUCUUUUCUGAAAUGUUUUCUAUGUUGUGCCAGUAAAUUUAUCUUUAUUAACGGAGAGCUAAAUAAAUGUGUUUUGCUUUGGCGCUGCUCAUCCUGAACUCGGCUAGGCUAGUGUCUAGCUACAUAUGAUUGAAUGACUGGCAGGUUGCAAUUCCUCACUGCACACCAGGCUCAUAUACAUGAAAUUUGACUUCUACAGAUGCAAAAUGCAGCACAAUGCAAAAUAAGGUUUACUCCUUAACUUGACACAGCUCAGGUUGUUGUCCUGGCAAACUGACCAAAUGUUAGCAGUAUGCAGUAGUUAAGGAUUCCGUGUACAGUACUGGGGUUUUGAAUAUGCUUUGGAAAUGUAUGUCAUACAAGGGCCGAUCGAGUCCAACCGGUACUUUGGUUGUUGCAAAAUAGAACAGUCCUAAUAGUUAAAAACUCUCUUUGUUUCUCUAUAUAACCCCCUGAUAUCCAUAAUAAAAGGGUUUUACUAAAUGCUGGUUUGAUCACCAAAGGCAUCAUUUAUUUUAUUUUAUUUUUUUAAUUUCUUUUCCGGACAGUGCACGACCUCAUACAUUGCACAUUACAGGAACUGAGCUGGGAGGUACUGGCACAUCUCCCAUUCAGUCCUGACUUCACUCCAAGCCAUUACCACAUUCAAGCCAUUAAAGAAGCUCCUGAGAGGCCGGCGUUUCUAGAUGCCGAGAUAAGUGCAGCAGGGGAGAUUAUAUUAUUAUACAGGGUGGAUGAAAAGUAACCAGGCAUAUAAUAUUGGUUGGUAUAUAAAGUUCAUAUUUCUUAUAGGAAUGUAUUGAAACAAAUUGUACAUAUACAUGUGGUGCCUCCAAGUCCUCCGGUGUGCGAGGGUUUGUCCCGUACACUUCCUCCCACAGGAAAAAAUCACAUGGAGUGAGAUCUGUACAUCCUGGAGGACUUUCAUGAGGUCGUCCCAGCCGACGUUUAAAAAAAAAUGCUGAAGGACACACCGAUAGACUCGGAGGCACGGAUUUCCGCAAUAUCCGAAACGACUUGCGUUCCAUCCCCGGCCGUUUGAGGAAACUAAUUGAUAGAAAUAGAAUUUAAAGAUCUGCUUUUAUUUUGCUGUGUAAUAAAGUACAAGUACAAUUUGUUUCAAUACAUUUCCAUUAAUAGUAUGGAGUUUAUUACCAAUUUAUCAUGCCUAGUUACUUUGCACCCAUCCUGUACAGAGAAAUAACGGGAGAUUAUACUCUCAUAAUUGGUUUGUUAUUCUGCGCCAUCCAAAAAUCCCGGUUUGACUCGAGCACCCUAUAUACUUUUUUCUAUGUCCUUAAAAAGCUAGAUGUUUGUUCCUCACUCUGGAGUUUAAUAAAACAGUCAUUCACACA